AUGUUUCGCCCUUCUCAAUUUCCUGCUAGUACGAACACCAUCUAUCAAACAAUUCAACCAACCGCCAAUAAUAUGAACAACAACAACGCUAUGGUGAUUACUCAUCCUUUUCAACCAUCCACCAUUGAUGUUCAACAACAUAUAAAGGUUUAUAUCUUUGAAAAGAAGAAAGAGGAAAUUACCUCUUGUUUGGAGGAGAAGGAUGCUCAAUCGAUCCGAAGAAAUAUUGUGAGCCUUGCAAAAUUCGGUUAUACCGAAUUGAUCCAAUACAUCACUGAAAAGUGUGGAGUUAAUGCUGAGAAGGCCAUCAUCCGUUACCUCGAUGAUGAAAAUCAAUGGGUCGAUGUUUCUAGCGAGGAAGAAUGGAAAUUUGCCGUUCAAACUUUCCAAUCAGCAAGAAAGAUAAGCCACAAUCGUCCAGUACUCAAAUUGGCAAUUGUUCAAAUUAAAUCUGAAGAGCCAAAGUCUCAAGAACAAGAAUGCCCAUUCGUACGUUGUCACAGACGGAGAAGAGCUGGAGUUUGUCCUUUCAAGCAACAACAACACCGUAGAUGUCCCUAUCUUUUCAGAAAGGAUGAAAAUACUGGUGAUGCUGUUUUGGAAUUGGAUGUUGAUGUAAACGAUUUGAAGAGUGGUAACAUUUUGAAGAAUUUGGACAAGGUUCAAAUGCCACAUUAUGGUGUUACUUGUGAUGGAUGUGGCGAGUAUGCUUUUGUUGGAAGAAGAUUUAAGUGUGACCAAUGCCCAGAUUUUGAUUUUUGCGAAAAGUGUUACGAGACUGAAACUUCUAACCAUUACGGUGGUAACCAUUCAUUCACUGAAAGAAUCGCUCCAGGUAGAAGCUAUCUCAAUCGUUUGUUCGAAGGACAACAACAACCAGAGAGCAGCAACACCACUCCUGAAGAAGAGACCGUUGUUGAUAAUCAAUUGUACGAAAAGACUGUCGAGGUGGAACCAGAAGUAGUUGCUGAGGAGCAGCCAGUGUCCGUUGAACCAGUUGCUGUCGAACAACCUCAAGUUGUUGAGGAGCCUGAAGUGGUUGAACCUCCAGUCGUUGUCGAACAACAAGUUCCAGUUUCUAGAAUGCCUCACCCUUUGAACCCUGUCUUUAUUCAAUCACCAACAGUACCUGUGCAGCAACCAAUUAUUGUUCCUUAUAGCACUGAAUUGAACCUAUUGAAAGAAAUGGGCUUUUUCGAUGAACGUCGCUGCCUUGAAUUGUUGAAGAAGUACAAUGGUGACAUUCAGCGAGUAAUUGUUGACUUAUUGCACUAA